AUGCCCAAUUCAGAGAGACAUGGGGGCAAGAAGGAUGGGGGUGGAGGGAGUUCAGGGGCCAUGCAUCCAUCAUCUCUGGGUGGUGGUGGCAGCUCCAACAGCAGAGAGCGGCAUAGACUUGUGUCCAAACACAAGAGGCACAAGUCCAAGCACUCCAAAGACAUAGGCUCUCUGGCCCCCGAAGCAGCCCCACUGAGCACCAUGAUCAAACCCCUGGUGGAGUACGACGACAUCAGCUCUGAUUCAGACACCUUCUCUGAUGACAUGGCCUUCAAGCUAGAGAGAAGAGAUAAUGAUGAUCGUCGGGGUAGCGAUAGGAGUGACCGGCUCCACAAACAUCGCCAUCAUCAGCACAGGCGUAUCAGAGAGCUAUUGAAAACCAAGCAGAUAGAGAAGGAAAAGAAGGUGGAAAAAAACCAAGAAGCCUCCAGCAAGUCAGUGUCCACGAAGGACCGAGUUUCUGGGACUUCGAAACGACUGAACGAAGAGAAUGAUGACUAUGGGAAGGCACUAGUAUCCAAGAGUAGCAGUAACAAGGAAUCCAGGUCAGCCAAAUUCCAUAAGGAGAAGACUCGAAAAGAACGAGAGUUAAAGUCUGGACACAAAGAUCGUUCUAAAAGUCAUCGGAAAAGAGACCCACCCAAAAGCUACAAAUCAGUAGAUAGCCCCAAACGCAGAUCCAGGAGCCCUCACAGAAAAUGGUCUGACAGCCCUAAGCAGGAUGACAGCCCUUCUGGAGCAUCAUACAGCCAGGAAUAUGAUGUUAGUCCUCCAAGGUCUCAUACUUCCAGCAACUAUGAUUCCUACAAAAAGAGCCCAGGUGGGUCCUCACGAAGACAGUCAAUUAGUCCACCUUACAGAGAACCAUCGGCUUACCAGUCCAGCACCCGUUCACCCAGUCCAUACAGUAGGCGACAGAGGUCAGUGAGUCCGUACAACAGGAGGCGAUCAUCCAGCUACGAGAGGGGAAGUGGUUCGUAUGGUGGUCGUUCGCCUAGUCCUUAUAGCCGAAGACGGUCUAGCAGCCCAUUUGUGACCAAGCGUUCUGUGAGUCGGAGCCCUCUUCCCAGGAAAUCAGUGAAGUCUAGAAGUAGAAGUCCUGUAUAUUCCAGACAUUCAUCUUCCCACAGCAAAAAGAAGCGAUCUGGUUCACGCAGUCGACAUUCUAGUAUCUCACCUACCAGGCUCCCCUUAAACUCCAGCCUGGGAGCUGAGCUCAGCAGAAAGAAGAAGGAAAGAGCAGCAGCAGCAGCUGCUGCAAAAGUGGACGGAAAAGAGGUGAAGGGGUCACCUGUAGUUUUGACUAAAAAAGAAAACAUCUCAGGAGAGACUAAAGAAUCAAGCCUUGAGUCUAAAAAGUUAUCUAGAGUUUUAAAAUCUGAAAAAUCUGCUUCAGAUACAGAAUUGGUAAACUUAACACAUCUGAAUACAGAGAUAAAAACUUCUUUAGAUCCAGGAAAAGUAAAAUUAGAUGAGAACUCUGAGAAGAAGCAUCUUGUUUCUACUAAAGACUUGAAAUCACAGGGAUCAAAGGACUCUAAACCCAUAGCAUUGAAAGAAGAGAUUGUGGCUCCAAAGGAAUCAGAGACGGUGGAAAAAGAGGCUCUUCCGCCUCUUCCCGCAAUUACUUCUCCACCCCCUCUACCGACUACCACCCCUCCACCUCAGACGCCUCCCCUGCCACCUUUGCCUCCAUUACCUGCUGUUCCACAUCAACCACCUCUGCCACCUCUCCAACCAACUUUUAGUCAGGUCUCUAAUUCUGUCACCCCAACUUUGUCAUCUGCUCACCCAAGGACAUCUGCUCUAUCCUCUCAGGCAAACUCUCAGCCCCUUGUACAGGUUUCUAUGAAGACACAGGUGUCUUUGACAGCUGCUAUUCCACACCUGAAAACUUCAACUUUGCCUCCUCUGCCACUUCCACCCUUACUUCUUGGGGAGGAUGACUUGGAUAGUCCAAAGGAGAGUCUUCCUCCAAAACCUAUGAAGAAGGAGAAGGAACAAAGAACUCGGCAUUUGCUCAUGGACCUUCCUCUUCCUCCAGAGCUUCCUGGUGGUGAUCCAUCUCCCCCAGAUUCUCCAGAACCAAAGGCUGUCACCCCACCUCAGCAACCAUAUAAGAAGAGACCAAAAAUCUGUUGCCCACGUUAUGGGGAAAGAAGACAAACAGAAAGUGAUUGGGGCAAGCGCUGCGUGGACAAGUUUGAUAUAAUUGGAAUUAUUGGGGAAGGAACAUAUGGACAAGUGUACAAAGCCAAGGACAAAGAUACAGGAGAGCUAGUAGCCCUAAAGAAGGUGCGACUAGACAAUGAGAAAGAGGGCUUCCCAAUCACAGCCAUUCGUGAGAUCAAAAUUCUUCGACAGCUGAUCCACCGGAGUGUUGUUAAUAUGAAGGAAAUUGUCACAGAUAAACAAGAUGCACUGGAUUUCAAGAAGGACAAAGGUGCCUUUUACCUUGUAUUUGAAUACAUGGACCAUGACUUAAUGGGGCUGCUAGAGUCUGGAUUAGUACAUUUUUCUGAGGACCAUAUCAAGUCUUUCAUGAAACAGCUAAUGGAAGGGCUGGAUUAUUGCCACAAAAAGAACUUCCUACAUCGGGAUAUUAAAUGUUCCAACAUUUUGCUAAACAACAGUGGACAGAUCAAGCUGGCAGAUUUUGGACUUGCUCGACUGUAUAGCUCUGAAGAGAGUCGUCCUUACACAAAUAAAGUCAUCACGCUAUGGUAUCGACCACCAGAACUGCUGCUAGGAGAGGAGCGCUACACACCAGCCAUUGAUGUUUGGAGUUGUGGUUGCAUCCUUGGGGAACUGUUUACAAAGAAGCCUAUUUUUCAAGCUAAUCUGGAACUGGCUCAGCUUGAACUAAUCAGUCGACUCUGCGGCAGCCCCUGUCCAGCUGUGUGGCCUGAUGUUAUUAAACUACCCUACUUCAACACAAUGAAACCGAAAAAGCAGUACCGAAGGCGUUUGCGCGAGGAGUUCUCUUUUAUUCCUUUGGCUGCUCUAGACUUGCUCGACCACAUGCUGACACUGGAUCCUAACAAGCGUUGCACCGCUGAGCAGGCCCUGCAGAGUGACUUUCUUAGGGAUGUUGAGCUCAGCAAAAUGGCUCCUCCAGACCUCCCCCACUGGCAGGAUUGCCAUGAACUAUGGAGCAAGAAACGACGGCGACAGAGGCAGAGUGGCAUUGUGGUGGAGGAACCACCUCUGUCCAAAAUCUCUCGAAAAGAAACUACCUCAGGAGCAAAUGUGGAGCCUGUGAAGAACAACAGUCCAGCACCACCCCAGCCUGCUCCUGUCAAGGUGGAACCUGGGGCUGGGGAUGCAAUAGGCCUUGGUGACAUCACACAGCAGCUGAAUCAAAGUGAGCUGGCAGUGUUACUGAACCUGCUGCAGAGCCAGACUGACCUGAGCAUCCCUCAGAUGGCACAGCUGCUCAAUGUCCAUUCCAACCCAGAGAUGCAACAGCAGCUAGAGGCCCUGAACCAAUCCAUCAAUGCCCUCAAUGAAGCCACGUCCCAGCAUCAGGACUCCGAGCAUGUGGCCCCAGAGGAGACUGUGAAGGAGCCCCCCCCUCCCGUGGUAGCCCAGCCCUCAGCAGAGCAGACAACCCCUGAAGCAUCUGGCACACCAGGUGACGUGCAGAAUGUGCUGGCAGUCCUCCUGAGUCAGCUGAUGAAAACCCAGGAACCAACAGGCAGCCUCGAGGAAAGCAAUGGAGAAAAGAGCAGUGGGCCACAGGGGCCCCGAAGAACUCCCACAAUACCACAGGAGGAGGCAGCAGCAUGUCCUCCUCACAUUCUUCCACCAGAGAAGAGACCCCCUGAACCCCCAGGACCUCCACCGCCGCCACCUCCACCCCCUCUGGUUGAAGGCGAUCUUUCCAGCGCCCCCCAAGAGUUGAACCCAGCUAUGACAGCCGCUCUACUACAGCUUUUGUCCCAGCCUGAAACGGAACCUUCUGGCCACCUGCCACAUGAGCACCAGGCAUUGAGACCUAUGGAAUAUUCUACCAGACCCCAUCCAAGCAGGACUUAUGGAGGCACUGAGGGGCCUGAAUCAGGGUUCAGUGCUACUGACACUGAUGAGCGCAAUUCCGGCCCAGCCUUGUCAGAACCUUUGGCCCAGACCCUGGCGAAGAGCAGGACUUUCUCAGGCUCUGUGAGCCAUCUUGGGGAGUCGAGCAGUUACCAGGGCACAGGGUCAGUGCAGUUCCCAGGGGACCAGGACCUCCGAUUUGCCAGGGUCCCCUUAGCAUUACAUUCAGUGGUUGGGCAGCCAUUCCUGAAAGCCGAGGGAAGCAACAAUACAGUGGUCCACACAGAGGCCAAAUUGCAAAACUAUGGGGAACUUGGGCCAGGGGCCACUGGGGCCAGUGGUUCAGGAGCCAGCCUUAACUGGGGAGCCCAAGCACAGGCUACUGCUUAUGGAAAGCUCUAUCGGGGGUCUGGGAGAGUCCCACCAAGAGGGGGAAGAGGGAGAGGAGUUCCUUAUUAACCAAGAGACUGGUUUCCUGAAAGACUCCUUCCCUUUUCAUCCCUUCUUUCUCUCCUCUGAACCUUUUAAUGAAAUCGUUUGCCAGAUUGAGGUAAUCGUCUGCAUUUGGCUACUACCAAGCUGUUUGUCUUAUUUCUUGCUCAGUUGCUGCUAGCGGGAGUUCUACAUAGUACUGAUGUGGGCAUUUUGCUAGCCAGACCCCCUUUACUGGGCUGGGGCCAGAGCAUGAACAACUUCAGCCCUAGCUGGCAGAUGCUGGUGAAAGAGUUUGGGGAGGGUCAUUAAAUUGGAAACUAAAUAUUUUAGCAGCUCAGAACCUGCCCUACUUGGACAGGAAAUAGAAAAAAUAGUUACAGCUCUGAGGCAAAAAUCAGAGAGGAGGCUCUUUUGUUUUUGUUCCCUCCACCCUUCUACCUCUUAAGUGAUUUCCCCCCCAGUCUUCUGUUUUAUAAUUUUAAAAAAUAAAGUUCAGAAAAUUCAGUCUUCUGCAUUGAGCAAAACUGGGAAUGCAUUGGCUGGUUUAAGAACAUGCACCCUCCCAUCUGCCACCCCAACUUUUUGCUUUUAAGUGAAUCUCUUUUUCUGUUAAGCUGCUAGACACAUCUCUUUUUCUGAUAAAUUUUCUGUCCCCAAAGUUUGUUCCAUGUAUGCCUUCUCUCCCUGCAUCUGAAGCAGGUUGCAGAAUGUGAUUGUCUUGGGCAAACGUGGACUUUUUCCUCCCUUCCUUUUUUGCCCCAUUUUGGAAGGGCCUUUUUUUUUUUUAAAGACAUGUGUGGGGAAAUUGAACCUUUUAGAAGCUCAAGAGCCCAGGAUGAUUCUUUAACUUUUUUGAAAUAAAGGAAAGGAAAUUGAAAUCCCAACAUUGUUCUCUGUAACUCUUCAAUUCCAAAAAAGGUUUAAAAAAUUGUUCAUAAAACCCUACUCAAGUGGGGAAGGUGCUACAUACCGGAGUUUUUGGUUUGUAAAUGGGGACAGCCCUGGAUAUUGCUGCUGGACUGGGGUUACAGACAGUGCCUCUGUACUUAGCUAAAGAUAUAGCAGUUAGUGUACUGUUUACACAUAUAUAUUUUUGAUGUCAGAAAGUAUUUAAAGAUCUUUCUGGUUCCCACAGAGCAUUGAAAUAUUGUCAGAGGAAAAAAAAGGAGGGGGGAACGGACAAGUAAAAGGACAUGUAAAUUUAGUGUAGAGUGGGUGUUUUUCCUGGAGAUGUAUCAAUACCUGGUACUUUAUUAUUGUUAUUAAGUUUAAAAUUAAGGAACUGGGGGGAAGGAAUCAUAUUUGCUAUGUACACAUACCAGUACCUAUGCCCUGCCAAUCCUUUUUGAAGGUUCCCCCAGAGAAAUUUCAUGUUUAUUUUAGUUUUGAUAAAGCAGGUUGUAUUGUGAUUGCCUGGUUAGAACCUUGCCUUAUCACAAGAAUUCAAAAAGGGAAAUGUUCUGAAGCAGGGGUGGGAAAGGGAUACAUAUGAAGGUAUAUAUCUGUAUGCGCUUCAUAUUGAAGGAAAGAUAUGAGUACCAGUAUAUGUAGUGUUUCAGACAGGUACAUACAUUCACAUGAGUCUUUAUCUGCAUAGAUUAUAUAUGAUUUCUGAGAAGUUAGACCCCUUUUAUGAAUAAAGGCAAACAUUGGCUGUUGGUUUUAGCAGUCUGGGGGAGGAUUUGCAGAAUUCAAAUGAAAGAAUAUGAAAGCAGUACCAUAAGAGAAAAAUACACUUAUUUUUUUUAAAGAAAGAAGAAACCUCCAAAGACAUACAUAACCCUCAUUGUUUUUCCCUUUAUUGCAAAUGGCAGAGUUCUGGUGUGAGUGUGUUUAUUUUAUUUUACUUUGGUUUUUGGUCUGGUUUUUGCCCGUGGUGACACAACACUGAUUGGAAAGAGAAUCUUCUAAACUAUUCUGGCCCUGACAUAUUUCAUUACCAACAUGUCCUUCUGAAUUAGCUAGCCUCAUCGACACAGUGUUGGUGACCUGCAUUAAAAGUCACUUGAGCUUCUCAGCUUGUUGACUUUGGAGUCCUCAUUUAUGGGCCUUUAUACUUGGGAUUAUUACCUGAAUUUGAGGCAUUUAGCUUCAAUUUGCUCUGCCUUUGAUAAAGAAGUUGAGCUUGGGAUACUUUCACAAGUAUCUGAAAUGAAAUAGAAUUGGUUGCCCCACCCAGUCUGAAUAAAAUUCUCUCUACAUUUUCAUUGUA